UUACUUGAGAGCUUACUGUGCUAUUAACUGGCAUUAUUUAGUUGCCUCAGUCUGGAGAAGAGACAAGUCAAGACUUCUCCUCACCAGAAUUCCACCCAGUUGGAGCAACAAUGACUUCUCAUGUUAAACUCCGGAAAGAGAGGGUCGGUACGGUGGACUACGACACACAAAUCAAAGAGGUGCGUUGCCAGCUUGCAGACCAACUGAAAGUGUUGGACUUGCAACUUGAGCAGAAGAGCCAGCAGCUGCAGGACCUGACAGACUACCUGCGGCGACGGGGUGAGAUUGAAAGCGAGUAUUCCCGCUCCCUGGAAAAACUUGCUGAAAGGUUCACUUCCAGAAUUAAGAGGAAGGACCCCAGCAGUCACUCAGUGGCACAGGUCUGGUUGGCUCUGCUGUCCCAGACCCGCCAGGAAAGUAAAGAUCAUAAUGGACUGAGCGAGAGCUGCAGCAACUUCCUCAUUCAGCCCCUCACACACUGUCUGGAGUACACACAACGCCUUGCCAAGAAGAGCAAAGACAUCUGUUCUCAGCUGCAAGACGGACUACUCAAGGUUACCACAGAGCUACACACUGCAUGGCGCACGUACCACCAGUACCACUCAGAGUAUGUGUGUGCUGAGGGGAAGCUGAAGGAAGCAGAGAAACAGGAGGAAAAGCAGAAGCAGAGUGCUGCUAAAAAACUGGGGAGGUUGAUAGAAAAAAGACAAGGUAAGGUUCAAGAGAUAUACCUGAAGUGCAGCAAGGCCCGAAAUGACUACCUCAUAAACCUGGGUGCAGCCAAUGCCUCCAUGAAUAAAUACUACCUCCAAGACAUCUCUACUCUCAUCGACUGUGCGGAUGUAGGCUACCACCUCUCUCUGGAACGGGUGCUGGAGGCCUACCUGUCCAGACGGGGGCGGGCUCAGCAGAACCUGAGCAAGGGGCUCCAGCAGCUUCAAGUGGCCGUGUCCGGACUGGACCAGAGCCAGGACAGAGACACCCUCCUGCAGGACCAUUAUAACACCUUUUCUAUGCCCCUUCGGUUCGCCUAUCAGCCCCAUGACGGGGACCAGGUUUCUGAGGUCAGUGCAGAGUGCGAGAUGAGAUGUGAGCUGGAGACCAGAUUCAAACAGAUACAGACCAGACUGAAGGUGGUCACCCAGGAAACAGAGGAGGCUAGUAAGAACAUGUCAGCAGCCCAGUCCUCCCUGCUGGAGAAUAUCAGUGAUGAUGAUCUGGAGCACAGCAGCGGCAGCGGUUCGUCUCAGGACGGCAGCACUGAAAACCUGACAGUCAAGCCCAGUGUGGCCCGGCGCAGGGCCAACUUGCAGGAAAUAGAAAACCUCUACUUCACUAGAGUAAAGGAGCACCUUGUUGGCAGUUCCCUGGUAUCUAAACUGCAAGCCAAACAUGACCUGCUCAAAUUGGCAGUGGAAAAAGCUGAUGCAUCAAAUGGACAUCAACCGAGACUCAAUGGAAAGUCACUGCGUAUCAGGAAGAAUCACUCAAGUGCCAAUUUGAUGCACAACCACAAACUCUUCAGUGGAGACAUGCUCUCCUUCAUACAGGCAUCAGGACAACAGAUUCCAAUAGUUGUGGAAAGUUGCAUUCGCUUCAUCAACCUCAAUGGUCUCCAUCAUGAAGGGAUAUUUAGAGUGCCGGGGUCUCAGAUGGAGGUCAAAAACCUGAGGGAUGCUUUUGAGCGAGGAGAGGACCCCCUGGCUGAGCAGAGAUACGACCUGGACUCUGUGGCCGGAGUGCUGAAGCUCUACUUCAGAGGUCUGGAGAAUCCCCUCUUCCCCAUCGACAGCACCAACCAACUCCUGGAGCAUGCUCAAAUAAAGAACGAGGCAGAGAGAGCGGCUCAGCUCAAAACAGUCAUCUCUUCCUAUCCCGAGCCUGUCAUCAUCGUCAUGAGAUACCUCUUUGCAUUCCUCCAUCAUGUGUCGCAGUACAGUGACGAGAACAUGAUGCAGCCUUACAACCUGGCUGUGUGUUUUGGGCCCAGCCUAGUCAGAGGGGCUCAGGAUGACGAUGUUGUCACCCUGCAGCCUCAGAUCAACGCCUUGGUGAAAGGCAUCAUCCUCCAGCACGAAAGCAUCUUCCCCAGCCAGAGAGAAGUAGAGGGACCCGUGUAUGAGAAAUGCAUGACACUAGAACAGGAUGACUGUGAGCCUCUCAUUGAAGAAGGAGACGCGGAAGCAGAGUACACUCAGGGUAAAGAUGAGUUGGAAACGGGAUCCUCGGCUGACGGCAGCACUGGCUCCUCGGCGGCACCACCGCAGAAAGGGGCAGGACGUCCUAGAGCAAACAGCAGUGGCUCCAUCGACCAAAGGAGGUUAUCAGCUGGACCAGGAGGGGGCGGCAUCGCUUCAGGUGGAAAUUUACUGCUUCAGAUUCCUGUUGGGCCAAUGUGCAAGCCACGGCGGGUCCCCUCUCCUUGCUUUGUGCGCAGAGAUUUCCAGGAAAACUCAUCUUCUGAGGAUAUUUCUGUUCAUGUGGACAAGGAGGUCUGUCGCCAGAUGGACUCGGUCUUCAAGGAGCUCCUCUCACGGCAACCACUGCAGUAUCCCUCCUCCACCACUUCCUCUCCCUCUGCCCAAGCUCCCCAAAAGAAAGUGAAGCAGGGUGGACGGAAGGGAAAGUAGCAGGGCUCUUCAAAGCAGUAGAUCCACUGGACUGAGAGGACUGGCAUCAGUAGAUGACAUGAAAAGAGAGAGAGAGAGAUGAUAGAAAAUGAAAACUGAGGUGUGGGGUGAUGUGCUCUGACAGCAGCUUUCAACACAUCCAUUUCAAGAAAACUGAGAUCACUGACCCGUAGUCACUUCUCUGAGGCCCCUGUGAUCGGUCUUGGCCUCCUUCCACGGCGUGGCUCCCGGCUCAGGAGCCUUGUCGUUCACGUUUCGUGCAGCAGAUCCCUGCUGUGACUGCAGAUGUGCAGUACAACGUGGAAACUGUGGAUUACUUGAAAUGCACAGAUGUGUUUGUGUACAGUUGAAUGUAGUUAUGCAACUCAUGACUUUGGGGUGUUGAUAUUCAACUUUUUCCAGUUCAAGCCAAAUUUUCAAAUUAGUCAGUAGCCUACAUGCACAUACAUUUUCAUAGACUGUUUUCCAAAAUAAAAAGAAUCACAAAGUUGUUGAAACUGAGAAAAAACUGUGAACACUGGUUGUAAGGAAUUUGUAAAUAUUAAUUAUUUGUAAGGAUUUGUUGACAAAUAUUUGACUUGUCUGUAUAUCUGGGCAGC